AUGCCGCCAACCAAAUACUACAACCAUUCUCAUGGUCGCUCUUCAUCAGGUCGAAACUCGUCAUCAACACAACAAACCACACCCACAACACCAACACCUCCUUCGGGUGUAUCAAUCAUGAGUAAUAAAUCAUCAACCACGUUGGAUCCUCGUCUUGCUUCUAAUGCUUCAGCAAUUAUUCCCCAGCCUCGUAGACGAAGAUCGAGUGUGAGCAGAGAACAAUCUCCACCCUCUGAUGAUAUUACCAAUAAUCCACCUUCUAUCAGUGAUGCGGCAAACAGUCCCAAGGAUGAUGAUCAAAAACACCAAGCGGACAUGAACAAUAUUGAUAAUACUGGUAGUGGCCACGACAGUGCUGCUAUAAAUACUUUUAAUACAACAACUUCAUCAAAUCUGUCGUCUCAACCUUUCUCGACCACUAUCACCAACAACAUUACCACAGCAAGAAAUCAACAUGUUGGCGGCUUUUCCGGAACAGCAACUUCACAUACUGCUGUAGGAGGCAACAAGGACUCCUCCCAUGUUCCAUCUAGUAACUCCAAUAGUCAUUCUCACCAUCAUUCUCAUCACCAUCAUCAUAAUUCACACUCAUCUCAUCAUCAAGUCAGUCAAAGUAAUAAUAUUACAGAUGAUGACUCGGACAUUCAAGCAGGACUAUCCACCAAUGCCAUCCAAAAAAUCUAUAAUACUACCCUUCAAUUUAAUGCGGAAUCGAUUCUUGCUGCAGUAGACCAGCUUCAAAAUAGAAGGGCAGAGCAAUUCCCUGACGAGAAGAGACUCAGAUAUUCCAUUAGAGAUGUUCUCGACAUUGGUACUAGUAACCCAAUUUGCACUGAAAAGCACCCGGACUUACCAGAGUUGGAUUACAGAAAGCUGGACUGGGGAAUUGUUCAACCUCCCUCAUCAACAGCUCAAUCUUCCACCAAACCAAUAUCAUCAUCAGACAAACGCCCUCCAAGACAGUACCCCUCUGAGUCGAACUCCAAUCCUUUCGGAUCCACAUCAAGAAGAGGCGCCAGUGGUCGCUCUCAAUCCGGAGCAGGUAUUAGUGGGAGAGACAGCAGCAGUGCAUUUGCAAGUCUCUCCAAUUCUUCAUCAACUGGUAGCAGUAGUAGAUAUGCGUCUGUGUCAUCAGCAAGUGGAAGUACAGUCGUGAGAAGUGGCGGAAAAGGAGCCAUAUGGUUCGACUCGAGUGCUUCCAAUGACGAAUUGACCAGCGAAGAACUCGAAAGAAAGAAAGCCUUUGAAGAGUUUAGAAAAACUCAUCAAGCUACCACUGGAGCAGGUUCCUUCUUUGGCGAUUUGUCCAAUACUGAAGGAGAAGCUUUAGAAGAGGAUUAUCAUGCUUCUAUCGAUGAAGAAACCUUUGGUACUGACUUGCAAGAAAUGAAAGAAUCUAGCAAUGCAAGUGAUUUGGAAAGCUACUUUUUCACUUUGAGCUCUCACCAAAAUGAUUUUGGCAAAGAAUCUUCACUUUCAGAGCUUGAAGACUCUUUCCUUAAUUUGCCAACUCCUUCAUCUUCGACUCCCACUCAAAAGAGAGACAAACCUUUGUUUACAUUAGGAGACACAAAGACCGAUACAAUGCCUCCAUUCGUUGCAGAAGACCCUGUCAUUUCAACAGUGAUUAAGGGCUCUAAAUCUGGAAAAUCAAGAUUUGGAUUUGGCUCUUUUGAUGAACAGCAGAUGCAGUCAAAUACUAGUCCUGCUUCUCUAUUGGACGAACAUUUACAGACAACAACAACAACAACAGGACGCGCCACCAUCUCUCAACCAGGUAAUAUCAAUGUUUCUGAGCUUUUUACCUAUCCUCAAGCUACUACACCAAACUUGCAAGGUCUAUUUUCCACAAUAAGCUCCUUAUCCUCUCAACAACAAUCACAAGUGUUUCCACAUUUGCGCCCCACGAACACCAUUCCUGAAUAUUUCUUGGCAGGAAACACACAAGCAGGAAGUAGCAAGUUUUCUACUCUCGAAAAGGUCAGCACGGAACAAACCAAAACAACACCACCAGUACAAUUUGACCAAUUUGCAGUGAUAGACUCAUCCAACCAGGUUUCAAUGAUGAGCGCUGAAGAUUUAGAAAAUCAAUUCUUGUCAUCUCUCAAUGACUCGACCUCUCAAUCGCCAUUGAAGCAAGCUACACCAACACUGGAAUCAUCUAAAGUAGUACCUGCUCUUUCAAAUCAAGGAAUUGAACAUUUAUUUAAAUCACUUUCCUCAACUGUUCCAUCCACGGAUUCCUUCUCUACUCAAAACACGGUUGAUCUUCCAUUGUCAACAGCAACAACCACUACUCCAAAGUUUGUAUCACCAUUCCAGCAAUACCAAGAGCACAAGUUAAGCGAGAAGGCAGAAAAAGCCGCAGAAGACAAUACUCAACCAGUAACUCCUUCUUCCAAACAAUCAACCGUAUCUACCUCAUCACAAUCGGCAACAAGUACCCAAAGAAAACUUUCUAAAACCUCUGCCAAUUCUCCAUUCGUACCAUCUCAUCUCAUGAAAAAGAUGGGUACCAAUACCGAAAAGAAGAUUAAGCUAAAGACAACUCCAAGUCAAGCAUCAACUGCAACCUCUACUUCUAAUACCCAAUCAACAGUUAAAACUGUUCCACAAACAUCAUCAUUAUCAAAUCAACCAACCACCUCCUCUGCUGAUGUUUCAACUACUUCAAAUGUCACAACAACCAAUAGUAACCCCCCACAGCAACAACAAUCUUCACCAACAGAAACAAUGGCCACUACAUUACCAAGCACCGCGUCAAGUCUCCCACAUUAUACUUCAUCACAACAAAACCUUCAACCACAAAAUAUGAUUAAUACUACUCAACCACCAAACAUGCAGCCAAUACAUCCAGUUAACCCAUUGAUGGAUCAAAUGCAACCACAGACUCGUAUGAUGCAUGACAAACGCUUUUUGUUCAAUCCAAAUUCACCUUUUCCAAAUAACCCUUCUGCAUUUAUGCCUCCAAUGAUGCAUCCUGGUUUUGUUCCUCCUCACCAAUCCUUCCCAAAUCCUGGAGCUAGGUUUCCGAAUGUACCCCCAGGCUUUCUGCAAAAUUCUGGACCCAUGUAUCCAAUGUUUAUGCCAUCACAAGAAAUGAUGUCUGUAGAAGAUCUUGAGAAGGAAUUUCUUAACCACAAAUAA